AAAGAUACAGAUAGAGGUCAAAGCCUACAGAUAACAGGAUCAAAAACUGUGAUGAAGGUGAGAAAUACAGGGGUCCUGAGGGGUCUGGGACCAUCUAAUUAACCUGUUGGACCCUAAGAAUGUCUCAAAAACCAAAUUCUGGCAGGUCCCUGAAAAUAAACAUAUCUUGAAGUUCUGCUUUCCUCUAGGGAAAAACAAAUGCUCAAAUACAAAUUUAGAGAAAGGUCAAGUUGUUUAGCUGCUACACCCACCGACCGGUGAGCUUCUUUCUUUGGUAUUCUUAACUAAAUAAAGAUGCAGCACUGGUCUGCCCCAGGAUGGUGCUAUGGCAGAUUGGUUCAUCCAGUCGGUCCUUCAUAGCUUAGCAACUGUAACUAUGCCCAAGAUGCCUCUGAAAAACUUUACAAUAUUCUGUAGUAUAUUUGUAAAUCUGAAAACUUGCCCAAUUUCCUGAGAGUUUGGUGAAACGAGUGAAUUGUUACUCAUUUCUCAAACUGAAGACAAAAGAGGAGAUGUGUAAGAUCUCAAUUAAUGUGUGGAAGAGCGCAUUACCAAACCAGAAAUGAGCAUUUUCAGAAGAAGACUUGCUGAACUGCUGCUUUGACAAGUAAGUUACCAGCCUGCCAACAUGGGAGCCCCCAAAUACCAGGGGAUAUUUCGCACACUGGGUGUAAUACAUGUAGGAAUAAAAGAGCAGAGCUGUCUCUGUACUGCAAGAACAUUCAGGAGGAAGCUGCACAUUCACAAUGCUAUGAUUCAUUAACUAUGUUUUUUUUUUUACUUGCUUUUUUUUUUUUCUUUAGCUUUACUUGUAAAGUAAAAUAAUUAAAUAUUUUUUUUUAUAUUAGAUGUAAAAUCUCGAAUUGCUUUAAACAGAAAUUCUAAAGUAAAAGUAAAACAUUGCAAAGAUAAAACACGCUUGUCAGAGGUGUCUGGGCAUACUUACAAUUGCUAAGCUACAACUGGGCAAAUGGUACUUAGGAGAGGAGUUUAGUGAAAUUUGAAGGCCAUAAUCAGUUUUCUCCCUCCUAAGAGUAAUGAGUGAUGACACAUACUGCAGAAAACCACUGGAUUUCACUGGAUAAAAAAACACACAAAUAUAUCCAAAACGGUACCUUUACAGGGUGGGAGUAAAAAUGGUCUUUACUUUUCAUGUAAAUGACUACAAAAUAGGUCUUAUUCCAAGUGAGUUUGGAUCAUUUCUAUUGAUAAAUUCAUCAUAAUAUUUUCCAGACAAUGUGAUAAAAGUAAUGAAUCAGUAAUGACACAAAGUGCAGUAAUGAAUCUAACGUCACUGUCUCCCACUGACAGAACAACAAGCUCAUCAGACACACAACACAACCUUAUACAAGAUGCAGCUCAUCUCAGCAUGUGUGUUUUAGACCUCAUUUACAGGAAGUCCAGAAAAAUAUGUGGCUUGUUCGGAAAGGGGUGGAGAAUAGCAGCAGCUUCCUUCCAGGGGUAAUAAAAGCCCUUAGUGAUGGUAUAGCAGCUUAUAACCAAGAAGAGCAAGAAAAUCAGCAUUGAAACUUCAAGACAAUGUGGGGCUUCUGGAUCCUCCUCUGUGUUGCCUUUUUUACAGAGUCCUGUUCUGGUGAUGUUUUGCAGCAUGGGGAUCAGUUGAGUAUCAAGUUGCCAGCUCAGGUGAAGAUACUGGAGUUCACACCACUGGAUCAAUCCUUCAGUUACACCAUCUGGUCAAGCAGCAUCAAGCCCCAUAGGGGAAAAGUGGUGGAAGAGAAGGGCAAUAACAGGUGCUUCAUAAUCGACUUCGUCAGUUUUGAUGAUGAGGGAACCUACACUCUGUCGAACUCUUACAAAGUGUUUUCUGUCAUCAAAGUAACGGUUAUUUUCUCAAUAAAGAUACAGACACAUAUGGCUGGUGAGACUCUCAGCAUUUCACUGGACGGUCUAAUGAAGAAUGAUGCCAGUCUGAGUUUCUCCAACCUGCAAGAUAAGAACAUCAUGCUGGUGAAGCAAGGCUCAGUGCAAAAUCUCACUGACUACUAUGAAAGAAUCAGUUUCCAAAGCAGCAGUUUCCAGGUCCUCAAUGUCAGUGAGUCAGAUGAGGGCAAAUACAUUCUCUUUGACGGUAAAAGUCGUCAGGUCAAGGUCACCACUUUAACCCUCACUAAGCCUCUCAGUGGGAGGGAUAUAGGCACUGGUGUGGCUGUUCUGCUGCUGCUGGGGAUAGCAGCCAGUGUUUGCUAUUAUUAUAAGGAGAAAAAGUGCAGCCAGUCCACUUCCACGACUACAGAUGAGGAGAGCUUACUUCCCCAGACCAGACAGCUGUCCACUUCUGACUGCCCUGCGGCUCCAGGAGGCCCCAGCCUAGUGUACACUCCUGGUUAUCCUGCUCCAGGUGUGGUUAUUUGUCCUCCACCUGUUGCUGCAAUUCCUGUCCAGUACGCUGGGCAACCUGUCAUACCACUGCAUAACCCUAUGUACACCCCUGGCUAUCCUGCUCCUGUGGUUUGUCCUCAUCCCUACCCCAGUGGAUAACUUGCCCCCUAAUCCUGUGUGACCACUUCCAGCCCCUAUAUCGGCACUGAUGUCCUUAACCUCUCUACCUCCGCCAUCCUGUUCCACACAGAACACAGGAAAACGCUCGGCCUACAGUUUCCUGUUGUUCAGCUUCUGUUUGUACCUCAGCCUCCUUUUAUACCUCAAAGAGUC